CUUGAAGCCGGGGCAGAUUGGAGGAGACUCCUAACUGAUGUCCGAGUAGAUUGCGCUCUGAGGAGAGAAAGAGAGCUCUAUACAGCGGGAACUAGAACGUAUAUUAGUCUGGUUCUGGAACUAGAAUCCGGGAUCUUUGGAAAUUUGAUCGAAAACGUAGUUGGUGGAUAUCUGGACCCAAGGUUCUAUAGAAAUGUUACAUCUCAGACAGCUGCUCUGGCUGAUGUUUCUCUGUUCUGCUUUAGCUGAAAAAGAUCCAUCAUGGAGGAUGACGGUAGAGAAGGCUGCCCCCGUUAGUGGUUCUCUGGCUGGCAGGGUGGUGCUACCAUGCCACUUCUCCAUCACCCCCACCACACACACCCCCACACUCACCCCUAGCACCCAGGGCCAAGAGGACCAGCUGAGGAUCAAGUGGAGCAAGGUGGAGGGAGAUGGGGAGCGUGUGGUGCUGGUGGCCCAUGGAGGAGUGAUCAAGGUGGGGCAGGAGUACAAGGGAAGGGUGUCUGUGCCCAGCCACCCCCAGGCAGUAGGGGAUGCCUCGCUGAUCGUUGUCCACCUGAGGGCUAGCGACGCUGGGCUCUAUCGCUGCGAAGUCAUGCAUGGGAUGGAGGACACCCAGGAUACAGUUCAUCUCAAUGUCAGUGGUGUGGUGUUUCACUACAGGUCUAGCUCUAGUCGUUACACCUUGUCCUUCCCUGGGGCCAUUGACGCGUGUCUCGCUGCCGGGGCCACCAUCGCUACAGCCGAACAGCUGACCGCCGCCUUCGAGGACGGACUGGACCAGUGUGACGCCGGCUGGAUAGCUGACCAGACUGUCAGAUACCCAAUUACGAAGCCCCGUCCUGGUUGCAUGGGCGAUAUGAAGCACAGACCUGGGAUCAGGACGUAUGGGCUCAGAGACCCUAAAGAGACCUAUGACGUCUACUGCUAUGUAGAUAAACUACACGGCGAGGUGUUCUACACUCCUGUCAGCUACAAGCUGACCCUUCGCCAGGCCAAGCAUGAGUGUGAGAAGCAGGGGGCGGUGCUCGCCUCCCCUGGUAACCUGUUCGCUGCGUGGCGUGGAGGACUGGAUCGCUGUGAUUACGGCUGGCUGUCAGAUGGCAGCGCCCGCUACCCCAUCUCCGUCCCCAGGCCCCAGUGUGGAGGAGGGCUGCUGGGGGUCCGGACCCUGUACCGAUUCCCUGACCAGUCAGGCUUCCCCAACCCUAUUGACAGACAUGGAGCUUUCUGUUUCAAGGCUCUGCAGCAGUGCACGGUAAAUGUGUGUCUGAACAAAGCAUCUUGCUACCAGAGAGGCAACGCCAGCAUCUGUGUAUGUGCACCUGGAUACACCGGACAGCGUUGCCAAACAGAUGUUGAUGAGUGCCAAUCCAACCCGUGUGCUAAUGGAGCCACCUGUAUGGACGGAGUCAACUCCUUCAGCUGUGUGUGUCUGCCCAGCUACGCAGGACAUCUCUGUGAACGAGACACGGAGGUGUGUGAGUAUGGCUGGCAGAAGUUCCAGAGCCAUUGUUAUAAGUACAUCACCCACCGUCAAACAUGGGAUGCUGCCGAGAGGGAGUGCCGUGUCCAAGGAGCCCACCUGGCCAGUGUCCUGUCACAGGAGGAGCAGCUGUAUGUCAACCGUCUGGGCCAUGACUACCAGUGGAUCGGUCUGAACGACAAGAUGUUUGAGAGAGACUUCCGCUGGACAGAUGGCAGCAUCAUGCAAUAUGAGCACUGGCGUCCCAACCAGCCAGACAGUUUCUUCCAAUCUGGAGAGGACUGUGUGGUGAUGAUCUGGCAUGAGGGAGGACAGUGGAAUGAUGUACCCUGCAACUACCACCUCACCUUCACCUGCAAGAAGGGCACAGUCUCUUGCAGUCAGCCCCCAUUGGUGAAGGAUGCCUGUGUGUUCGGUUCUAUGAAGCCUCGUUAUGAGAUCAACUCUCUGGUUCGUUACCACUGUAAAAACGGUUUCAUACAGAGACAUGUCCCUACCAUUCGCUGCCGUGACAAUGGCCAAUGGGACAGCCCCAAGAUCACCUGCAUGAGCCCCGCUACCUACCAGAAGGCUGUCGUUUCUCGGCAACGUACCGAUAAUCACAAUCAUAACCAGAAUCAGUACAAUCACAACAAUCAAAACCAGCACCAAUACAACUAUCGAAACCAACAAUACAACAAUUAAAACAACCAAGACCAACAGAAGAAUUACAACUAGCAACGUCAGGGCAGCUGUAACCAGCAGCAACAGAGCCAGAGAGAUACGAGACAUCAACACUCAUCUGAUUUCUGGUCAGUCCUUAAAAGCGCAGAUAAGGUUGCAAAAUUCAAGUAAUUUUCCCAAAAUUCCAAAGUUUUCCAGAAAUCCUGGUUGGAUGAAUCUGAAUUUCCUGUUAUUCCCUCCUGAUUCCAGGACUCUUCCAAUGGGGAUUUCUGGAAUUUUGAGUAAUGUACUAAUCCCAGACCAAGUCAGAUCAGAUCCAAGGGGUUAUCUCGGGCCAGACACAUUGACAUACUUUCAGAACUAUUUAUAAAUAUGUAUAGCUACAUGGGGUAUUUCACAAGGCAUAAUCACAAUCAGCAACUAACUCUGAUCAACUCUCAUUAAACACAGGUUAAUAAACAUUGUAACACAGAGUAGGUUAAUAAACAUUGUAACACAGAGUAGGUUAAUAAACAUUGUAACACAGAGUAGGUUAAUAAACAUUGUAACACAGAGUAGGUUAAUAAACAUUGUAACACAGAGUAGGUUAAUAAACAUUGUAACACAGAGUAGGUUAAUAAACAUUGUAACACAGAGUAGGUUAAUAAACAUUGUAACACAGAGUAGGUUAAUAAACAUUGUAACACAGAGUAUUGAGUCCAUUUCAAAUUCAACUGGGACAAAUUAAGUUUCAGAAUAUUUUUGAAAUUAGUUGGCUAACUUGAUCUUGAUCUUGCUUAGUGAAAUCCACCCCAGAUCACGUCUGAUUCUUCCGACAACAACACACACUGCCCUAAUGGUUAACACAGCAACAGUGUCCGUCUCUAGAACAGGAGAGCUUUUCUGUGCCUGCUCUAGAGGGACACAUCUCAAUCCAAUGCUUUCUGAAAAUGUCCACUUUAUGCAGUUUCUUUUUCCUGAGAAAUAAUCCACUGAAAAGACAAAUAAAGUAUAUAUUUGGCUCACUACUAGAAUGUCUGCCUGUGCCCUGGUGACAAGUUUGCAAUUAUUCCAGUGAAAGAGACCCGAGUUUAUUAUUUGGAAUAAUGAGCAUUCACAUAAUCACAUCAGCAAGUUAUGAAGGUUUAUAUGAAUCAUUCCAUAUUUUCUGCUCACAGAAUGGAAGAUAGAAGUUGAUUGUUCUCAUAUACAACCCCCUUCAGAACAGCUUCAGUUCGUCGUGGCAUGGACUCUACAAGGUGUUGAAAGCGUUCCACAUGGAUGCUGGCCCAUGUUGACUCCAAUGCUUCCCACAGUUGUGUCAAGUUGGCUGGAUGUCCUUUGGGUGGUGGACCAUUAUUGAUAAAUACGGUAAACUGUUGAGUGUUAAAAACCCAGCAGCGUUUCAGUUCUUGACACAAACCAGUGCGCCUGGCACCUACUACCAUACCCUGUUCAAAGGCACUUAAAUCGUUUGUCUUGCCCAUUCAUCCACUGAAUGGCACACAUACACAAUCCAUGCCUAAAGGCUUAGAAAUCCUUCUUUAACCUGUCUCCUCCCCUUCAUCUACACUGAUUGAAGGGGACUUAACAGGUGACAUCAAUAAGGGACCAUAGCUUUCACCUGGAUUUACCUGGUCAGUCUAUGUCAUGGAAAGAGCAGGUGUUCUUAGUGUUUUGUACACUCAGUGUAGACUUGAUUCAAUAUUGUGCAUACAGGCAGUAUGUCAUGUGAAUUAAUUUUAUGUAAAAAAUAAAAAAAAUAAUGAGCCACAUGUUUAUCACCAUCUUUGGUCAAUUAAAAAGUCACUAUGAAGUGCAAUCGUUGUUCAUGACAAGUGACUGUUAGCAUAUGGAGCAUAGAAGGGAUAUCUGUGACAGUCACCUCCUGCAGUGGCUCUCCAGCGUAUUAAAAACAUCAGUAAUACCUUCAUCGUAAAGAUAAUGUUUAAAAAAAUAUAUAUAUAUAUGUAUACAAUGAUAAAGAUGAGAAUAUAGAGUAUAAUGAAUGUCAGGUAUGUGGGUGAAUGUGUGCUGUGGCUAGAGACCUGACUCAUAGGAUAGAGGAUAAAAGUUUUAUAUUAAGACAUAUCCAUUUCAUUUAUUGUACAGUGCCUUGCAAAAGUAUUCGGCCCCCUUGAACUUUGUGACCUUUUGCCACAUUUCAGGCUUCAAACAUAAAGAUAUAAAACUGUAUUUUUUUGUGAAGAAUCAACAACAAGUGGGACACAAUCAUGA